AUGUACGGUGAAAGCUCAGAACACGAAACAAGUUCAAAUAAAUUGCCACCAGAAAAGUGCUUGAGGUCUGCAAUUCCAGAUGAAAAUGUACUCAGCAAAGAGCAAAAUGUAACAGCCACAGCGACCUCAACAGCAUUUACAACGAGCAACAGACCAUUCAUUAAAUGGCAACCACUGCCAACAACAACAGCUCUGGAAAUUCGAAAGUUGCAACAAAUUCAGAGAAAUGACAGCAAAAUGUUAAGGAACGGAAAUGAGAAAGACUGGCAGGCACUUCCGAGACCUUGUACGAACUGCAUGCAUGCAACAUUCUUCGGGAGAUCAUUUUUAGAAAUUAAAAAUCAUGAAAAAGAAUCAAAAACGAGGCUUGAAGAUGUUAUAAGCCAGAAAAGUAAAGUUGAAAAUUUGAAAUAUUCAACAAAAAAUGAAACAUUCGUCAUCCCAAAACCAACAAAUGAAGAUCAAUCAAAUGCCAAUUCAUCUAGAAAGCUGACAGGCCACAAAGUAAAUAAACACCAAAGUGAACCACCUCUCAAUCAAAUAAAAAUGGAUACCAACACUAACAACGCAACUUUGAAACCUCCUUCUAACAUUUUGCCACCAAAAAAAGUAAAGAAAGAACAAUGCCCUAUAUGCCUGAAAGAAUUUGAGUUAAAUUUCAGUCAGAUUGAAAAAGACGGCCACCUAGCUCGAUGUUUAUCUGGGGUCACCGAUGACGUCACAUGGUGA